AGAACAUUGAAAAAGCUAGUUCAAAAUGCUAAGCAUGUACAUCCACAUACCAGGAACAGUGCCUCACCUGAAGUGUCCAAAGAAGCUUCUCAUGAGGGUCAUUUGGAAAAGGAUGCUGGUACGAAUUCUUAUUGCAAGCCCAUUACAACAUCUUCAAAAGAUGCUGAGCCUUCAAACAGAUUAUUUCUUCAAACAUUUGAGAAGGAGGUCACAGAAGCCAUUGCAUCCAGCUCCAAUGUUGCAGGUUUUCGCUCUACUGCAGCAUAGGCUUCUGCUAGCAAUGAAUGUGUGCAGCCCAUAUCUGCAAACUAUCUUGCCCCUUCUUCUAUGCUUCAGUUUGCAAAGACAAGGAAGUUAUCUACUGACUGAGCUGAUCCCAGAAACCAUGCACUUCUUCAGAAGCGCCAGUUCUUCCAUUCUCACAGAGCUCAGCCCAUGACACUUGAUCAAGUAUUGUCCGAUCAGGAUAGUGAGGACAAGGUUGAUGAUGACAUUGUAGACUUUGAAGAUCGGAGGGUAUGAUUUG